AUACCAAAAUUCAAUAUAUCGCGAGAUCGUCCUAUAACAUUAUCAAGUAAAAUGCACCAUCAAUCUCAAACAAUAAAAUAGAAAGAUGAGCACCAUGGAGCAUAAUGGCACCGCUUCAUCAAACCCCGCCUUAGAUAUAAAGUCCGAAAACCAUUCAUCUCAUCUCCAAAUUCUUCACUAUUCCCCCAGACUAUAUGAUCUAACACCCGACCUAGUCCUCUUACCCUCUUCGAUAUAGCAAAACAAGAAGGGAGGCCUCUAUAUACCUGUGCGCCUAUGGUUCGGUACAGUAAGGUAUGAUUUCCUUCAUUGGUUGAUUACUGGAUCUUUGCUGAUGAGAUACAUAGCUUGCAUUUCGAGAAACUGUUGCACAGUAUGGGGUUGAUCUUUGUUGGACUCCUAUGGUAUGUUUAGUCUAUCAGCAACUUAAGGGUUACGGGAAUGGGGCAUGGGAAGAGUACUGAUGAAGGAAGGUAGAUUUUGGCAAAAGAGUUUAAUCGUAGUGUGUUUGCACGUGAUUCUGGUAAGUAAGCACGUGGUUUUUUAAUUCUGUGUUUUCUUCGACAUUUCAUUUUGGUCGAAGUCGAGUGGCUCGUAUUUUCAGGAGAGAAUCGUAAUUACUCCUUUGGAUGGGGCUUGGUUUAUCUGCUUGGUAGCGUUUUCAUAGUAGGUUGGUAGUGCCAACAGCAAAAUCUUUACCCGCUCCACGAGUUCACGCAAUACUUAUGCCAUCCGCAUGGAAGCUAAAAUACAGAGAAGCCGUGUAGUUCACUAUUCCACACACGCCACUUUAUUGAAUGUGCAAGUGCCGUCAGUUUCUGGUGCCACGGAUGCAUAUGUCUUAACCUUACCCAUGACCAUUUAUUACUCUACACCUUCUUUCAUAUCUUCUUUCACACCCUUCUCACACUCCUUUUUCCUUCCUCUCAUAUCCUUUCCUCCACUUGUAUUAUACCCUAUUUCCAAUCAAUCUCCAUCCCCCUCACAAUCCUCCCACCACACUCACACCCCAUCCAAAACCCCCUACUAAAACCCCACUAACCCCCUCCUCCUAGAUUUUACCACCUCCCCCACCAGCGGUCCCACAAUCGCUCAAUUCGGCGUCUGCUCUCCCCUCGAAAUCUCCCGCUCAACCAUCCUCAUCGCCCCUUACGUAAACGGCAUCGAUAUAAACUGCGGGUGUCCACAAUCAUGGGCCUGCGCCUGUUCCAUCGGCGCAGCGUUAAUGCAUAAACGUGAACUUGUUGCUGAGAUGGUUAAGGAAGCAAAGAGUGCUUUGAAAAGAGAGGGAUUUGAGGGGAAGAAAACUGUUAGUGUGAAGAUUAGAAUUCAUCGGGAUUUGAGGUAUAUUUUCUGGGGGGGAAGGGGUUGUGUUUAGAUUAGGGGAGAAACAGAGUAUGGCUAAUGUGAAAUAGGGAAACCGUAGAUUUUAUCAAAACCGUGCAGGAUGCUGGGGUAGAUUUUAUUACUAUUCACGGACGUAUGCGUUCGACUCCUUCCUCUCAUCCUGUUAAUCUCGAGGCUAUAAAGCUUUUAAAUACACAUACCACAGUUCCCACUCGUAAGUAUAAUCUACUCACAAAAUCCUUUCAUUCUUACUACCUACCUCAUCCUAUUUCCAGUCUCAAAACUCCACUUACCUAUUUCCCCAUACCCAUAUCCUUUACUCUAUAUAUAUUAUCAACCCCUCAAUUCCCUUUCACUCCCAACUCCCCCUUCAAAGCCCAACUCUCCCUCCCCUCUCAAACUCCCAACUAACCCCACUUCCCCUUUAGUAUCCAACGGCGACAUAACCACCCUCCGCACCGCCCAAGAGCACACGCAACAAACCUCCGUCUCCGGCGUAAUGUCCGCCCGCGGCCUCCUCUCCAACCCCGCCCUCUUCGCAGGCUACACUUCCACCCCCUGGGAAUGCGUCGAUGUUUUUCUGAAUUGUGUUGUCAAGCAGCCUAUCCCGUUUAAACUUGUUGUGCAUCAUUUGAGUGAGAUGUGUGGGAGUGGUGGUGCGGGUGGUGGGAAUUCCGGGGGUGGUGGUUCUGCGGGUGAAGGGAAAGAAGGAGGAAAUGCAGGAAAAUCUCUAUUGAAUAAAGAGGAAAGAAUGAGAUUAAUGGAGUGUAGGGAUAUGAUUGAGGUGAUUGAUUUUAUGGAUAGUGUUAGGUGGGGUGGGGUUGGGGUUGGGGUGGGGAGAUUAUAGGGUUUAGGUUUUUGGUUUUACGUUUACGUUUACAUUGUAGAGUUUAGGUUUUGGAUUGUAGAUUAAUUCUUGACGUUGGAUGAAAUGGAUAUGAGUAAGCUUGGAUGGAUAUGAUGGAUAAAGAUUAUAUUAUAAAAUCUUAUAAACACACCUACAGCUACCUAGUAAGAUCUUACCUAGGUGCCUACUCACCUCCCUCGCAUUAUACAGCCCAUCCAUACUAUACCAUUCCAUUCCAUCCAUC